GGUAUUCUCUCGGCGCUUCCAUUGCGCGACUUUUGGGGAAUCCAUCGUCCUGUGUCUUCUGCUCCUCUCGAGAAGAACCCUAGAAGAAGGCUUCGCCUCUUCGUCGUCCGUCGCCCCCAAUUCUCCAGUUCGCGCAUCCGGGUCCUCUGAUCGAUUCGGCUGCCGCCGAGUCCACUGCUUCCCGGCUCGAUCGCUCGUGUUCCAGUUUUUUUCAGAGAAGAUGCAGAGGGGAAGAGGCGGUAGGGAUGACUUCUUUGGAUUUGGGGAUCCAUUUGCUGGGUUUGGUGGCUUUGGCAGACCAGGGAGUCUGGUUUCGAGCUUUUUUGGUGGGAGGGACCCCUUCGAUGAUCCUUUCUUCACGCAGCCAUUUGGAAGCAUGAUGGGCCCGAGCAUGCUUGGUCCCAGCAUGUUUGCUGGUCGAGGAAGCCUCUUCGGAGAGACUAGCAAUGCUGGGUUUUUGGAGCAGGCUCCUCCUGUCAAUAAGUCGAAGGGUCCAAUUAUUCAGGAGCUCUCUGAUGAUGAUGAUGGAGGAGAAGGAGAAAAGGCUGACAAGGAGCAGAAAGAGAACCCAAGAAAACAUUCUAGGACAAGCAAAGAGCCAUUUGUUCAGGAUUCUGAUGAAGUUGAAGAAAAGAAGAGCAGGUACAUGCAGUAUAGGAACAAUUAUAACCAGUCUAAUCCAAUGCAACCACAAGGUCGUUCUUUUUCUUUCCAAAGCUCAACAGUCACUUAUGGCGGUCCAAAUGGAGCAUAUUACACUUCAUCCACUGCAAGGAGAAUGGGUGGUGACGGAGUUAUUAUGGAGGAAAGCAAGGAGGCUGAUACUACUACUGGUAGAGCUUCUCACAGGGUUUCUCGAGGGAUCCGUGAGAAAGGCCACUCAGUAACAAGAAAACUAAAUUCUGAUGGGAGAGUAGACACAGUGCAGAUGUUACAUAAUCUGAAUGAAGAUGAGAUGCCUGUUUUUGAGGAAACUUGGAAAGGAAAGGCCAAACAACACUUACCUGGAUGGAACCCGGGGCUUGAUUUGCCUGGGAACCGGCAAGAGGAAACGAGAGGGUGGGCGCUUCCAUCAACCCAGCAACCACACGAGUCGGGAAGGAUGAGAUCGCAGCCACGCACCAACCCUUUUAAGGCCGGAGGCUCCAUGAAAUGAGAACUUUGAUAGGGCAUCGAGAGCUUUAAGUACAUAACAAGCAUGGUAGUUUGCCAUCCUUGCACUAAAUACAAGUUGGGCAGCCAGUCCCUAUGAUUUCUGUAUGUGACAUCACUAGGGCCAUCGCUUUGGACCACCAAUUUCCAUGUCACAAAUAUUAUUACUAUGGGUGUGCAGCAUAUUUUGGGUUCACGAACAAUUUAGACUCUACUACUGCCUCGUUUAGGUUGCUAGCUUUGUGUCCAAGUGAACAGGUCUUGUGGGACAAGAAAAUUUAACCUGGACUUGAGAUCUAAGUUGUGGAGCAAAAUAGCUGGCGUUUUCUCA